GUGAAAACAAAGUGGCAAGCGGACCUCGAAGUGUGCGCCGUUUAUUUGCUCUCCUAUUUUGGAUUUGGAACUCCAUUGGGCGAAACUGCUAAAGAUUACAGUGAUGGUGGAACCAAUUUUCGAUUACCAGUUCCGAUUAAUACUUAUAGGAGAUUCUACCGUGGGAAAGAGUUCUCUUCUUAAGUACUUCACAGAUGGCAAGUUUUUCGAGAUAUCAGAUCCAACUGUUGGAGUGGACUUCUUUGCAAGAUUGAUUGAGGUGUCAGAUGGGACCAGAAUAAAGCUUCAGCUAUGGGAUACAGCAGGACAGGAGAGAUUUAGAUCCAUAACUCGCUCCUAUUACCGCAACUCUGUGGGUGCAUUGGUGGUGUUUGAUGUGUGCAAUAAGAAGUCCCUGGAGCAUGUUCCCAUGUGGAUCAUGGAGGCCAAAAGGCACAUUGAACCUCACAAGGCAGUCUUCAUUCUGGUCGGAACCAAGAUUGAUAUGGAAGAUGAACGAGAAGUCAGAACAGAGGAUGCAUUGUCUCUAGCCAAUUUUUAUAACAUAAAAUAUGUAGAAACAAGCUCUAUGAGAGGCAUCAAUGUAGAGGAAGCCUUCAGAAUCAUCACACAAGAAGUGUAUGACAAGGUACAAACUGGAGACUUCAAGAUAGAAGAAGGCUGGGAUGGCAUUAAAACAGGGUUUGCACGCCCAAAUCAUUCCUACAGCCUGAUGGAAGCUGAACCUGAAAAGUCUAGAUUUUGCUGUUAAUGGGGACUGGGGACCAAGAGUCUGCCUUGAGGUCCUCUUGUUGCAGACCCAACUGCUCAUGGCAAUUUGGCGGCCACACAUCAGUUCUGAAUGCUGCAAUAUCACCCAUUUUUAAACCAAAGGAUAUACCCUAGUCUUAUUUUUUUCUCUUUCUCUCUUAGUUUUUUUUCUCUUUUUUCAUAUGAUAGUUCCUCAUAAAUGUGUCAGAAGAAGCAGUUGAACAAUUUUAUAACAAGCCCAAUUUUUGACGUUUUUAUCAUUUGUGCUCACAAUAUAAGAAAAAUGAAUUUCUGCUAGAAAAUAUGCAAUACUUUCACUCCUCUUCUUUUCUUCCUAUUUGUGUAUAUAAAUGCAGUGCUUGUUUUUUCAUAGCUCUAUGUUGAGCAAAAUUCAAUGAGUGACUUGUGGUAGCUUUAGGAUUUUGUUAAGCGAAUUGAAAAGACUGUGAUAUGGCCAGUUUAAGUGAUAGUGGAUUAUGAAGGAUAUAUAGAUAUGUAUUAUAUUUAAUUUAUGUUUGAAAGUAGUUUUUUAUGAUUAAAAAAGUUUUUGAGCUUGGUAAAAAUGUCAUUACCUUUGUGCUUGUGUGGUCAGGAGUUAUUUUUUGUCUAUGAUAUUAUUAUGGGCUUAUGUUAAAUCAAAUUCAUUUGUAAUGAAAUUGUGUUUUAUACUUAAGAAUACAUGAUUUUUAUUUUUUACUUUUUUUCUCAGUAUCAAGAGAGAUAAAGAGUUACUAAUUGUUAUGAUUCAUAGAUUAUGAACAGCAUGGCAUUACAGUUCCAUUGUUGAAAAUUACAAUUGUAUCGAUAUAAGAAUUAAUUUAAUACUUGUUAAGAAUCUAGAAACUGGACUUGCUGUGCAAGGAAGAGCUUAGAUGAUUCUAGAAGUAGAAAGGUUGAUGACAUGACCUUGAAUUUUGGUGUUGUGUGAUUUACAAAAGAAAAAGAGAGAGCGAGAGUGAGGGAGUGAGUGUUACUCUGAGGUUAAGUAUAUAAUAUGUUUGUGUGUGUACAUGAAAGUUUGCCUGAAAAAUACCAUAUACACAGUGUAUGCAAGCAGUUGGGAAAAAACAGGAAAGAUAUAUCUAUACAGGCUUUAUAAUUUCUGUCAAGAUUUUUGCUGCUUUCAUUUUCAAAUGUUUUUUUACUACCCAUUGACUGCAGCUACAAGAUCUUGUAAUUAUUGUGUCAGUUUUGAGAAUCCUCUCAUGAAAUUCUUACAUCCUAUAAACUUGCCAAACUCAGUUAAUCAUUUUAGAUGCUUGUGCAAAGGAAUAUAGGCCUAUGCUGAGAUGAAAAGUAAGAAAUAUUCAGAUUUUAUGGCCUAUAUCCAGGAGAUGCAUUUGAUUAAAUGGCUUAAAUGUUUAAAGUCUCAGAAGGGAAAGAGUAAGAGGAUGUUUAUUUUUCUUUUAGAGAGUGAGUGAAAGAAUGAAUGAAUAUGUGCAUAAGAGUGCAUGCAUGUCUGCAUGUGUGUGUGAAAAGGAAAAAGAAAAUGAAUCAUGGGUAGUUGCAGUACCUUUACUCACUUCUUUGCCCAGGGAUUGUAUAAUUUGUUACCCACAAAAUAAUUAUGUCAUGAAGGGUGGAUAAUAUGUAGUGUAAGAAGCUUUGUUGCAGUAUAGGAAAUAACUAUUUUAUGAAUAUUACUCUCUAGUUGCUAAACUAAACUUCUGAAAAUUAGGAAGUGAGUUUUUUAAAUGUUGUGUCAUGGGCAUUUGAAUGUAAUCCCUUCCUCUCAUGAUGUUAGAAUAUAUUCAUAGAAGUUAGCAAUCCAGUUCUGGCAAACAGUUCUGAAAGUGGACUCAGUUUAAACUUCUUUCUUUCUUAUUUAGUAAAGUUGUUAAAUCUGAAAAUAGA